UCAACUCGAGUUCGUACCGAAAAGUUUUCAUUUCGUGCUCAUCUGAAGAGCGGGAAGAGUGAAACUCGAAAGGAAGCUCGGAGAGCGAUGGCGAGUGCCGGCGAGGUUGGGAGUUAUUCACUGGCGGAGAAGGACAGGGAGGUCAGUGAGGUCGUUACUGUUGAGCUCCCUGCACCUGUUGGCUGGAAGAAGACGUUUACUCCAAAGAAGGGUGGAACUCCGACAAGGAAUGAAGUGGUUUUUAUAGCGCCAACGGGUGAGGAAAUCAAGAACAAGAAACUGCUGGCUCAGUACCUGCGUUCCCAUCCUGGAAACCCCCCUGCAUCUGAAUUUGACUGGGGAACUGGCGACACCCCUCGACGCUCUGCCAGGAUUAGUGAAAAAGCCAAAGCAACGUGGAGUGCGGAAGGUGAUUCUCCAAAGAAAAGGGAAAGGAAAUCUAGCUCCAAGAAAGGGAACAAAGACAAAAAUGAUGCUGGAAAGGGAGUUCCUAUGGAGGCUCCUACAUUAGAGGAUGCUUCCAAAAUUGCAGAAGACAAGGAGCCUGCUGAUGUGGAGAUGAAGGAUGCUGGUAAAUCUGUUGAAGCAGCCAAAGAAGUAGGUGAGGCCAUGGAUGCUGCAAAUGAUGUUGGAAAUUCAGGCAUUACUGCUGCUGCUGAGCAGCAUUCAGCAGAAAAACCCAAUAAUUAUGCUGAAAAGGGGGUUCCUGAAGAAAAUGCCACUAAGCAUAGCAAUGAGCCAGAGGGUGCUGAAAAGAAAACAGAGGAAAAUGACAAGCUGAACAAUGAGCCAGACGGAGGCAAUAAAGUUAAGUCGGUUAUACCAGAACCGAAGACAGGGGAAGGGAACAACAAUGCAGAGAAAGAAAAAAAAGCAGAAACCAAAUUGCAACCUGAUCCCAAACAGGACGUUUCGGAGGGAAAUCAUCUAAAUGAUGGCAAACUUGGUGAGCUCCCACAGAAUGGCAGCACCAGCAGCAACAAGCAAGAAAUUCCCAAGGAAGCACACUCUACAAACUAUGACGACGAGCACCGUCAACCCCAGGCUUCCGCAAUUAGCUGUUGAAACUUGCAAAUUGUUGGUCCAAUUUGAGUUUGUAUCAUCAUGUUGUAACUUUCAAGUCUAAACUUGGUUUAUGCUGAUAAGUACGGGUUUAGUAAUAUUCACAUUGUAUCUUAAGACUGAUCGUUUAGUAGCCGCUGCAUCUGCGGCCACUGUUGUCAUGUAUUUAACACUAACAUGUUAGCGCAUGAUGCUUGCAAUUUUCUGUACUAUGUUGUAUCAAUCAUCAGAAAUUACUGCUUAUCCCUAAACUUUGAUGUAAAUGUUACUAUGGUCAUCCUC